UCAGUCACACACACACGGACUCCAGUCAUCUCUGAUCCGCUGAGAUUCUCGUUCGUGUAUUUACAGCCACUGCUGCGAAAAAACAACUAGACAAAAUGGGCACGAGCUGGUUUUCUCGAAUAACUGCCGUUUGGAUAUAAGAGGGCGGAAACGCGAGUAAAACAGACGGCGGAGAAAGAAAAACAGACGAGGAGCGCGAGAAGGCCGAACCAUUGAGGGAGUGCGAGAGCAGCUUAGUUUCUCACACGACAGAAGCGCGGCGCUCAAGUGGAUUUGGGGCUCAAAGCAACGAGGACCAAAACACGCCCGUAGCAAGCCGUACAUGUGGAUUAAUCGUGGACAUUUCUUCAUUUCGUUCACCUCAGAAACUAACGUUACAUUAACCUCCAGUAGCGACAGACCUUCACCUUCCGCGGAGAGGUCUGUGACUGCCAGGAGUCAACACCCCAUGAUGCACAGCGUUUGUGACAAGACCACACUCACUUUUAAAGUGUAGAGGAAGUUGCAUCGUCAGCAUGUCCUCGCACCCUCAGCCAGUGCCUCAGGGGCGGAGGCCUGUGGACGCUCGUCACCUUGCUAGUUCUGUACCUCUGCAGCUGAGAGCCCAUACGGAUGUUGGUGGACUGGUGGACUACCACCCUCAUGCUCGCGACUACGGCUCCCAUCUGCCCCAUGGAUCCCUUUCCCAGCCUCACCGCCGUAGACCAUCCCUUCUGUCUGAAUUCCAGCCAGGCAGUGAAAGAGGUCAAGAGUCCCACAUCCGAUAUGAACACAUUUACCUGCAGGACCACAGCGGCCAAUCAGAAGUGGAGUACUCUGAGAUGAAGCGUCCUCGCUUGGAAAUCGGGACGGAUUCUCUUAUUCGUCACUCAGCCCAUCGUCAGCCCCUCACUGUAGGUGGAGCUGAGGAAAUGGCAAAGGGGCACAGCAGCAGCAGUUCUAUUGGAAAGAUUGAGCCCAUCUCUCCUGUGAGCCCGGUGCCCUUGGAGGCUGACCUGGACCUGGUUCCCUCCCGCCUCUCCAAAGAGGAGCUAAUCCAGAACAUGGACCGUGUGGACCGGGAGAUCACCAUGGUGGAGCAGCAGAUAUGCAAACUGCGUAAAAAACAGCAACAACUGGAGGAAGAGGCUGCGAAACCCCAGGAGCCAGAGCGCACCAUCUCACCUCCACCCAGUGAAGCCAAACACCGCAGCCUUGUCCAGAUCAUCUAUGAUGAAAACAGGAAAAAAGCAGAGGAGGCUCACCGGAUCCUGGAGGGACUCGGACCCCGAGUAGAGCUGCCUUUGUACAACCAGCCGUCUGAUACCAAACAGUACCAUGAGAACAUCAAGAUAAAUCAGGCAAUGAGGAAGAAGCUCAUUCUGUAUUUCAAAAGAAGAAAUCAUGCUCGGAAGCAGUGGGAACAGAAAUUCUGUCAGCGCUACGACCAGCUAAUGGAGGCCUGGGAGAAGAAAGUCGAGCGCAUUGAGAAUAACCCACGCCGCAGAGCCAAAGAGAGCAAAGUGCGGGAGUACUAUGAAAAGCAGUUUCCUGAGAUCCGCAAACAGAGAGAGAUGCAGGAACGCAUGCAGAAUAGAGUGGCUCAGCGAGGUGGAGGUCUGGCCUCAGGGGCCCGCAGCGAACAUGAGGUUUCUGAGAUCAUCGAUGGCAUUUCAGAGCAAGAGGAAUCCUCAGCCUUGAAUUCAGAGAAGCAGAUGCGUCAGUUAGCCGUCAUUCCUCCCAUGUUGUUUGAUGCCGAACAGCAGAGGAUAAAGUUCAUCAACAUGAACGGGCUGAUGGACGAUCCCAUGAAGGUCUACAAAGAUAGACAGGUCAUGAACAUGUGGAGCGAACAGGAGAAGGACACUUUUCGUGAUAAGUUUAUCCAGCACCCAAAAAACUUUGGCCUGAUAGCCUCCUUUCUGGAGAGAAAGACGGUGGCUGAGUGUGUCCUGUUCUACUAUCUGACUAAGAAGAAUGAGAACUACAAGAACAUCGUUCGCAGGAACUACCGUCGCCGAGGCAGGAGCCAGAAUAACCAACAGACACAGCAACAGGUGAACCGCAACAACCAGGAGGAGAAAGAAGAAAAAGAGAAAGAAAAAGAAAAAGAGAAAGAGAAAGAGAAGGAGGGAGAACGUGAGGAGGAAAAAGCAGAAGGAGAGGAAAAAGAGGAUGGCAUGAAAGAUGACACAUCUGGUGAGGACGGGGAGGAGAAAGAGCCUCCUGUAGCCGUUAAAGGCCGUCGCACCGCAAACAGCCGCGGACACCGGAAAGGACGAGUCACCCGCUCUAUGACCAACGAGCAGGAAGAGAACACUUCACCUCUCAGCAGUGAGCUAGCUAACCUGGAGAUGAACGAAAGCUCUCGCUGGACUGAAGAGGAGAUGGAGACGGCAAAGAAAGGUCUGCUCCUGUAUGGUCGAAACUGGUCCGCCAUUGCCAAGAUGGUGGGCUCCAAAACCGUCUCCCAGUGCAAGAACUUCUACUUCAACUACAAGAAGAGACAGAAACUGGAUGAGAUUCUGCAACAGCAUAAAAUAAAAUCGGAGAGAGAGCGUAAAGCCAGGCGUAAAGGUAAAGCUCUUCAGAACGAGGAGGCCAGCGCUCCAUCUGCUGCAGAGGAAGAGGAGAUGGAGGGAUCGGGAGUCAGUGGCAAUGAAGAAGAGGCUCAGGAGGAUGGAGAGGGUGGAGCCAAUAACAGCUCAGACACUGAGAGCCUCCCUUCCCCACGCUCCUCCGACGACAGUAAGGUCAAAGAAGAGGGCUCGGCACGGCCCAAAUCUGCACCCAACGCUAGUUCCUCCUCCUCAUCCUCCACGGACAAGGACAUGGUAGCUGUGGAGACGGGGCCGGAUGAGAAGCCAAAAGUGGAGAGGGGAGAAGGGGAGCAGGUAGGAGUGAAGCAGGAAGUGAAGAUUGAACCAGGGGAGGGUGGUAAGGAGGUGGCAGGAGAGGAUAAGAAGCCUCCUGCCCUGGAGGUGGAGGAAGGCAAGAAAGAGGUCAAGAAGAAAGAGCACGGAGGAAAGAGCGGAGCUCACGACAGCGACUCCAGCGCCACAUGCAGCGCCGAUGAGGUGGAGGAGACUGAAAGCUCAGAAAAGAACAGGCCGAGUUUGUUGAAUUUCGCCCAUGAUGGAGUGAUCUCUUCUCCAGUUCAGAAACCACUGGACCUCAAAACGCUCAAGCAGAGAGCGGCCGCCAUACCUCCCAUUAUGCCAGAGGUGUCGGUAGCAGGACGAGAUAACCGCCCUGGGUUGCUAGGGAAGCAGCAGGCUAUGCCCCAUGCUCUUGCGUUGUACCAGCAGCAGAUUACCAUGGCACAUGAAUCCUCCCAAGAGGCCAAGCAGCAGCAGCCACAGCCAACCAAAUCUCAGCAUUAUCCAGGGGUCGGUGACUCGAGCAGCCCACGGGUCAGGACUCGCAGCCCUGGUGUCUCUGACAGAGAGAGAGAGGAGCUGGAGUGGAACGAGAGAUGGCUUCAGGCUCUGCUACAUGGAUUACAUAAAUCCCGGGCGUUCUCUCCUCUUGCGGACGGUAAAAAGAUUCCCGGGGCUGAUGACAUUCGGGCUGUUGGUCUAGGCCGGCCAGUGAUGUCACCGUACCAGCUCUCGCCCAGAGACAUGGCCAAAUUCAGCCAUGAACAGCUGCUACACUACAAUCCCUCAUUGGCUCCCACUCUACAGCAACAGGAGAGAAUGGCUGCAGUGCGGCCUCUUCAUAUCCCAGAACCCCCUCCUCUCAUCUCCUCUGCCAAACCUGGCGGCUCUAUCACGCAGGGUACUCCAGUGCAAUUGCACAAUCCAUCUCAUGGCUCGGACCACGGGAAAAUCCAAGCACCAGGAUCCAUGGCUCUCUCCUGGAUGGACCAGAGGAAAAUGGGAGGGUUUCCAGUGGUUAAACAAGAGCAGUUGUCUCCACGUAGCUCCUCUCAGGCUGAGAAUCUCUCCACACAGGACAGUGCUGCAUCACGGGGCCCCAUGCCAGCUGUUCAGGGUGGCAGCAUCACAAAGGGCAUCCCUGGCACACGUGUGCACCAAGAACCUCCCAUAUCAUAUAGAGGAGGUUCUAUCACUCAGGGCACUCCUGCAGAUGUUUUGUAUAAGGGCACAAUAACCCGUCUAAUCACUGAGGACAGCCCCAGCAGAGAAAGAAGCAGAGAAGACACUCCUUCUAAGGGGCACGUAGUCUACGAGGGCAUCAGUGGACACAUCCUUUCAUUUGACCGGGGUCCAAAUUCUAAGGAAGAGGGUCGUGGGGACAUGGGUGGGCUGAAGAGGUCCUACGAGAUGAUGGAUGUUGGCAUGUCUCGUGUGCCACCCAUCAGAGACUCACUAUCUGCGUCUGAAGGUUUGAUCAGUCGAGCAAUGCCUCAUGAUCGUGAUAGUCCUCAUCUACACCACAUCCGUGGAUCCAUAUCCCAAGGAAUCCCACGGGAUGACUGUCAGCGUCAAAACGUUAAACUGAUGAAAAGAGAGGGCUCCCCAUCACCCCGUGGCCCUGGUCAUCCCACUGAUUCUCUUAAAUCACGCUCUCAUGAGAGUAUGGUGCCCACUGUUAAAGAGGGAGGACGCUCCAUCCACCUGAUCCCUCCUGAGGGGGUCGUGAUAGGCAAGCCCAAAGAGGGCUCAAUCACCCAGGGCACCCCUCUGAAACAAGAGCCCGUCGGCUCAUCCAAGCGGCAUGACGUGCGCUCCAUCAUCGCCAGCUCUCCUCGUCCUUACUCCGGACUGCCCCCUCAUCUAGAGCUCAGGCCUGAGCACAGAGGGUCUGACAGGGCCCGCUAUGAGGAGGUGGGGAGCAAAUCCCGACCCAGUGCUGUGGUCAGCACCCCCAGCUCUCUGUCCCGUGCCUCUCCACUGAUGAUGAGUGGAGAGCAAAGCAACAGAUCCCACCACAGUCCAGUGGGCUAUGAAGAUCACAAAAGAUCUGGCUAUCCUCCACCCUCACACAGAGCCUCUCCACUGUCCGGCAGAGAAAGCUCACAGCGUGCACAUGAAGGCUCUAGUAAGGCCCAGCAGCAGGAGAGAAAGUCUACUCCCACCCCUCGAGAUAUGAGCUCCACUAAGUCUCCACUAACGGUGGGUGAGCACACUGCGUCGUUGGCCUACGAGAGGAUCCUGCAGGGGCUGGGAACAGAUAUGUACCGUGGCCAGAUACCUCUAACAUUUGACCCUGCAACUCUGCCCAGGGGCAUCCCGAUUGACCCAGCGUAUUACCUGCCCCGUCACCUGGCCCCCGCUGCUGGCUACCCUCACCCCUAUCCACCCUAUCUGAUCAGAGGUUUUCCUGAAACAGCAGCUUUGGAGAACCGACAAACGCUCUUCAAUGACUACAUUACCUCCCAGCAGAUGCACCAGUGGCCCGCUGCUGCUGCCAUGGCUGCCCAGAGACCUGACCUGCUCAGAGGCCUCACCCCUCGAGAACAGUCCCUAAACUACUCACCCACACCCAGAGGAACAUCUGCAUCUCCCAUGGAUCGUCUCGCAUACAUCCCAGGAACCUCUCCAGGUUUCCCCGGCGGAGCCUACAACACCUCUCCCAUCUCACCAGUGGGAGCCUCUCACAUGAGCAAGAUGCAAGGCAGUUUGACGUCUUCGGAGAGAGAACGAGAACGAGAGAGGGAGAGAGAAAGAGAGCGCGAAAGAGAGAGGGAUCGCGAGAGAGAGCGAGAGAGGGACAGGGAGCGAGACCGAGAGAGAGAGCGUGAGAAAGAUCGGGACAGGGACAGAGAAAGAGACAAGUCCCUCGGUCAUGGUAACGUGGAGCACGCCCCUAUAUGGAGACCAGGAGCACCUGAACAAAUGUGCGGCAGUAGCAGCAGUUCUCGUCCCCCUUCUCAUCCAUUCAUCGGUCACCAGUCGUCCCCGCUCUCCCCCCGUCCCCAGGACAACCUGCAGCAGAGACCCAGUGUCCUGCACAACACUAGCUCAAAGAACCUUACCAACUCUGAGCACAACAGUCCCUCUGUGCUACGGCCACCAGGUUCUGUUCGCUACCAAGGCUUUAGUGGGCACCUCCAGAGGUCUGGUUUACCCAGCGAGGGUUACCCAUCUGGUACGGACCCAAACGCUAAAGACUCGAGCAGAGAUGGGGGUAAAAGCCAUGGGCGAGGAGGUCUGUCCAAACAUCAUGACCUUUCAUCCAAGUCUGACCCCAAGCUGGCUAGUCCCGGUGGGGCAUACUCGUACAGCCAGGCCCCUGGUUCCCACCACGGGCUGUCCACGAGUCGAGGGCACCCCUUGAUGGCUCCCGAAAGCAACAGCGGCAGCAGUUCCAUCCCGUCCCGCGGCGGGGACGGUCUCAGCAGCGCGUCAAGUAGGGAAAAGACUCAAAACAAAGUGAUGUCCAUACAGGAACACGAACUUCGAGCACUCGGUAAGACCACCAUGACAGCGGCCAACUUCAUAAACGCGAUAAUCAUGCAUCAAAUUUCUUGUGAUGCGGCGAUGCCAGAGACUGGUGCGCUCGCGACCAACGGCACCUGUGAUGCUCACAAAAAGGCAAUGGAACAGCUGUACGGGUCUGAGGACAGACUUUCUCCAGGUCAGCAGCCAUCCUCUGCCGUCAAAGGCUCUCAGAGAGUGGUCACCCUCGCCCAGCACAUCAGCGAGGUGAUCACUAAAGACUACACACGCCAGUCGCAGCAAGGCCAGAUGGGAGGUCAAUCAUCUUUGCAGCCUGUGUUUGGGUAUCACAACUCCCCUGUGCUGGAUCUCACCCGUCCACCCAGCGCCCCCCAAGCCCAGACACCCAGCGAUCCCAACGCACGCUACACCCCAGAAGGCACUGCUGCGGAGAGGGAGAGAGGAAGGGACAGGUCUCCUCCUCAGAGUAAGGCAUCUCCAGUGAGUCUGUCUGCUGAUGGGAUUGAACCGGUUUCACCACCCGGGGUUUCAGAGCCUGAGACGCCAGGAGCUGCCUACCCCAAUGAACAAGCAGAGCAAGGUAUGGGAUCUCGUUCUCCUGCCAGUAGCUCUCAACCACCAGCCUUCUUCAGUAAACUGACUGAGAGCAACUCCGCCAUUGUCAAGAGCAAGAAGGAAAUGAUUAAAAAGAUGGUGGUUGGAGCAGAGGCUGAAUUCAACCAGGGCCAACCUGGGACAGAAAUCUUCAACAUGCCUGCCUCUACGAAUGCAGGACCCGUGAGCGUGCGUAGUCACCCAGCACCAGAGGCCAGUGGUAAUACUAUAGGUCUGGAGGCCAUCAUCAGGAAAGCCCUCAUGGGCAAAUAUGAUGAACAGAUGGACGAUCGCUCGCCGUCCAACUCUGUCAACUCGAUAAAUGCUGGCGUACCAGCCGCUGUCGUGCCGCCAGCUUCAGCGGAUGGCCGUUCUGAAGACCCCUACUCCCUGCCAGGUAAAUCCAAAGGGGGGCGCUCUAACGGUCGCAAGACUAAGUCUCCUGGUCCUGGUCUGUCUGGAGGCGAGAGACCUUCAUCUGUGUCCUCUGUCCACUCUGAGGGAGACUGUAACCGCCACACCCCACUCACCAACAGAGUGUGGGAGGACCGGCCCUCAUCUACAGGCCCCACUCCAUUCCCCUGUAAUCCCCUGACCAUGCAGAUGCGUCUCCCCAGCGGGAUCAUGUCGGCACCCUCGCCUUCCCCUACACAUCCAGGCGCGUCGGCGCCCACACAGGGCCAGACUCAACCCCGCACCUGGGAGGAAGAACCCAAACCUCUGCUGUGCUCUCAAUACGAGACCCUGUCAGACAGCGAGUGAACACACACCUCACGCCGCGUACAACAGGACUGAACGUUUGCUGCUUUAUGAACAGAAACUUGUUACUGUAAACAGGGAUGUUCGUGAACACACACGUACUCAUGUCCAUACUGACACACACUUAUGGGAACAUGCAUCCAUCUGCGCUCAUGCCCUCUGAUACCUACACAAACAUAUUCAUACAUGCAGAGAGACACAUGCCGUAAUCGACCCCUGGUGCACGCACUCAAGCCGUGUGUGUUGAUGUGUCUGUGUGUUUGUGAAUGCGCACACAUGUGUGCCGUCACUCCAGGACUACUCGUUGGAAAAAUCACUUUUUAAUUUUUGUGUGUACACACAAUACACACACACACACACACACACUUCUAUUCGUGAAGGCUUGCUGGCCUUAUCAGAGUUGACUCAUGGACUCGUCUGUUUUGUUGACACAUUUUGGAGCAUUCAUCAUUAGACUGCUCAGGACACAUACUCUUAUACUUUAAUACAACUGCAAACUGUUUGUUUUGUGUGUGUGUGUGUGUGGCAUACUGCAAAGGCUGGAUGAAUCCUCUGCAGAAACACUCGUACGUCCUCUCAGUUCUCAUGUGUCUGUAGCCCUUCAUUAUGGUUUCUGGGAGUGUUCAUGUGUUGCAAACAUGAUGCUGUUGGGCCAUCCGAUUGUGUGUGUGUGUGUGUGAUGAAACAAGACCUUCAGAGAGGCAGGUUAGCUGAUCCCUGUGCUAAACCUUAUCCUGUAACAUUCUGUCCUUACCUUUUUAUUUCAGAGAGUUUACAUGGGCGACCAUAUCAUUGGUUUACAGGGUACACAUAAUGUUAAUUUUUUUGACAUCAAACCUUCAUUUUUUACUUUUAAUUUUGACACUCAGAAACAACUCUAGCUGACCAAUAACUUUCUUUUCUGUGAUAGCUGAUGGGAGACGUUUCGUUUCUAGUUUAUUUUGGAUUGUUGUUUUUAAUGUACAUGUACAUCUUGAUCGCAUGUUUUUUGUAAUGAGUUAAGCACUUAGUCAGCAAACGGUUCCUGUUGGUGUCCUUCAACAGAUGCCGACCUGAAUGCAACUUUUCUUCACAGCAUUUAAUUUAGUUCAUUUCUUAUACUGUGUUUUGUUGAUUUGUUUCUUCACCUACCCUGUCAAGUGCUCCACUCUCUAGCGACAAUCACUGGCAGAGAGUUGAGCGAGUGGACGCGUCUUUAGAGGAAGCUGCUUUAUCAGGUCUGAAUGUCCCAACAAACCUGAUGUUUUUCACGUCACCUAUUUGUUCAAGAGUUAAAGCCAUGCUGUCUGGCCAGUCCUUUGACACGACACUCACCGAGAGCUGCUUUUACUUUCGCUCUUUGUGCUUGAACGAAGGGUUCGGAUUGUUUGUUUUUCCCCGUGGGCUCAUAUGAGGCGAUGAUAUAUCCUGCGUAAUAGAAUAAAGAGGUGAGCAGACGCCACACCUCGUAUAACCUGUAGUCCUUCACUCUGUACAGUUUUAAAGAUGAUUCUAGUGUUAAGUGCCAUGUAUUUGACAUACAUUUCUGAAGUUAAAAACUACCAAGUGACUACGCACCAGUUUUUUUUUUAUUAUGGUUUGCUCCUUGUUAUGCCAGGGUUGUACAAUUUGUCACACAGGCACAAUUUUAAAUCGUGAACGAGACAUUGACUGUGUCAGUUUCUCUAAAACGCCUCUUUUUCAGACCACCUCAGUGGUGGGGUUACUAAUUGUUUUGCAUGCAUAUUAGAUAUAAGACAUAUUUUAAUUCGUAUUGUUUGACUUUUAUUUGUCACAUGGUUUUACUAUGAAAGGUAUCUUUAACAGUUUAAACUGUUGUAACCUCCAGACUUUGGGGAUAUUUUUGGAAGCUAAUUAAAGUUCAGCAGUGGGUUUUAUCCGGUUUGGGGCCUUUGUUGUUGCUUUGGUGGUUAAGGACAGUUUUAGUGCACUACCUAGUGUGGUUUUGUGAAAUGGGGCUUUAUCUUCAGUCACUUCAAUCCCAAAUACACUCUCAUCAAGGUCCCCGAAUGGGGUCUGCAAACAGUAACUAUUCUCUUUUUAACCACAACAUCCACACAAACAUCUCAGAAUGCUCUGAUCUUGAGACUCAUUCUCUGACAUAUCACUCCAGACAGUAUUGUAUUUAGUGGACAAGUCACUCUAAAGUUCAGUGUUUUCUUGUAUAGCGAGCGAGCCCCUUUCCCCCUCUAUAUUGACCUUUUGUUUGACCUUUUGCUAAGGACAGUAUUGCACUUUCCUUAGAUGAGGCGGCGUUUUAUUUGUAACCGAUAAACGUAAACGAAGCCGAGAGAUUAAAACAAAUGAAGAGAAGAGACGGGAAAACAGCGGUAAUCGCCCCUCUUAAGAAUUAGAAAGGUUAAGUGGGUAUUUGGGUGGCAUCUGUUUUUGUACAACCAUUUUGUGCAUAUUCCUUUUUUUUUUUUUUUUUGUAUUAAGACCCACUGUAUUAUAGCGAGGAGUGUAAAUAGACCUAAAAGGAUGUACAUAUUUAUGUGAUUUGCUGCAAGAUUGAUAUUCACACUGUUGUAUUUCAACAUGGCCACCAGCAAGCUUUGUGGAUAGCAGUGUAAAAAUUAAACCGAAAAAAAAAAAACAGACACUGCCUUAAUGUUUAAAUAAAAAGCUUAUUGCCAUUGA